AUGGACUCUGGAAAGCUACCGAAUUACAGGUCGUCAUACUUGUUCAGGUUUCAUCCCUACGCAAGGGUGAAGCCCUCUGCCCGCGAGAGAGUGAUGGCUGCUUUGUACACCUCUGACGACGAUGGCCUUAUUCCUGACGAACAAUGCUUUAUACCAUCGUAUCUAACCGCCGUCUCGGACUCUAAUCCGUGUAGCAUCAUCGCUCAGAACUUAGAUGACGCUGUCAAUGCCGCGCCCACUGCCGAUGCGCCCCGAAGGAAGCUGAGCAUGUCCACCCUAGUGGUAGAUUUAGCGAUCUUGAUGUGUCGCAAGCCACCCUCCACCAGUUGA